AUGUGUGUAGGCAGAGUGACUCUUUCUGGUCCUCUUACUCUCUACACUCCCAUAUUUGAAUAAUUGUUGUAUUUAAUUGAAAUUCAUUCUAAAAACAGUAGUUGUUCCCUUUUAAAGGCACCAUGAUGAGAAAGACAGAUCCAGUGGAGACAAAUAUUGACCUGGGAGACACUGAUGAUGAAGACCUUGAUGCAGACCUGUAUGAGGAACAUGAGGAGCCUCAGCUGCUAUGGAAGGCUGAACUGGGGGACAGGAUGGAUGAGGUGGAAGCUGUGUCCCCGUUAGUGGAUCUUAGUGACACCAAGCCCCUCCUGAAUGAGAGAGACCCUUGAGGAGUCAACGAGUGUUUGAAGGAUUGUACACUGAAACGGGUAACACUGUCACAAGCUUGAUAUAAGGUGCUGUUUUUUCAAUCAGAUUAUCUGUCUUAACCCAAUUAAUCAAACAUAAUUACUUAAACGAUCAAACAAAUCUGAAGAGUAUUAUAUUUCUAUAGACAUGUGGCAUGUCCAAGUUGUUUUUUGUAUACUUGCACUGCCCUCUGGUGGUCAUGUCAUUGACUGCAGUUUAUCUAUAUUUUCCUUUGAGUGUCAAAAACAAACUGUCUGUCUAUAAACAAUCACCCCAAGAUUAUGAUUCUGCCUCUAGGUGAGCUUUGAGGAUAUGAUAGCAGAGCCGGCGUCAGUACGUAGCGGAGACAGAGUGUGGAUCUGGAGCAACGCCCUGUUCGAGGUCACCAGGGUCUGGAUCUACCGCAUAGUGACCGUCCUGCUGGCCGUCCCUGUGUCCAUCAUCACCGGACUGAUCUUCGCCAUCCUCAGCUUCCUACACAUAUGGUUCUUUAGCCCAUUCGUGCAUCCUAUCCUUAUAAUCACAUACUGGCUGCAGAGCCUAUGGAGCAUCGUACUGGACAUUGGUGUCCGCCCAUUCCUCACUAGUGCAUCAAAGUGCUACGAUGGAAUCAGACUUCGCCUGACUCUGGAAUGACAGAAUAUUGGACCUUCACACAAAAUCAGGAUUUGGAAUAUGGGCUUGUUCCCAAUGUUACCCUACUAUGGAAUGUCCUCUUGGGAGACUAUCAGGCCUGGGCAAAGUAUUUGUAGGAUGCUCUAGGAUCAGACCAGGGGCACAACUACAGGCUUUUUGGUGGAUCAUGGGAUCUUACAACUGAACUGAGAUCAGUGUGAUUGAUCAAAACUGGAUACUUUUUAAAAACAAUUUCCAACAAGGUGAUUGGUUACUUAUCUAAGAUGUCGUCAGAAGUUAAGGUGAAAAGGGGAAUGUGUAAAAGAUUCACACAUCUUCACUUCACAGCUCAGGGUCUGGACGCUGCUCUCUUCCUCCCUGGAAAGGCCCCUGCCUUCCCAGAAUAGGAAAUGGGGCACUUCAAUUAAUUAAACAAGCACAUGCAAACUCCCUGUAUUUGAAGUGAAUCGUGUUUCACACACACAACUGGCCUGAAUGUAUAUUGCUUGACAGUACUCAGUGGUACCACUCAAGACCUCCUCUAUGAGGUGAUGAGUUUGUCCUGUAGUGAAUGUUAUCAUGAGAAAAGCAGAUUUUACAUAAUCAGGUCACCAUGGGUGAGAAGGAAUAUAUCAAACGUUUGGAUUUUACUGUACCACUUUUAAAAAACAAAAUAUCCUCCCCAUGGACAUGACAAACAACCAGAGGAAACUAUGGUUGACAUUUUGUUUUGUUUUAAACCAUUUCAUAAUAAAGUCAUUCUACCAUUUGAUAACUGUAUAUUGCACAAUACUUACAAUGAAUUUGGAGAUAAAAAGUUUCAAUUUAAAGAACUAAUAUUGGCCUAAAAUGCCUGAAUUCGAUUAUUGUUCCAGGUGGCCAAAAUCUGUGCCUGGGCUGGAAUA